GCUGUCUCUUUUAUCCCACACAAUCAGAUUGUAAAGGUGGGCUCAUGUUUCCUAAUGCCUUUCCAAUUGUGUUGAGAGACCUUUGAAGCCAGCCAAUGCAGAGUGAAGUUGUGUUCAUCAGGAACAGCUGGUGACAUCCAUUGUGACCCAUAUCUGUUUAGUGCCCAUAGUAAACUGACUUAACCUGUCCGCCUGUGUGCAUAGCAUACUGAAGAACACAUUGUGCUUUAGUCUCUGGUGCUAUCCAGUUUCAAAAUGUUAAUUCAUGCGCCAAAAAGGCUAAAACAUGUAGCCUACCCUAUUCUAGGUGGAAUACAAUGCUGUCUAUACAGGGUGUGUGGCACAUAGUUGUUUGUCUGAAUUCUUCUAUUAUUUCUGCCCUUUCGCCUUCCUUUCAGUUCCUUAUUCAGCCGUCAACAGAAACCGAUCAUCAGAAAUCUGACUAGGAAGGGGAUGUCUCUGUGUAGAGAGGACAACGAUAUUAAAAUGGCAGUGCAGUAGCCAGGCAGGCAGCUUUGCAUGGCAUCAGCACAUUGCAGCAAGGGCUUCCCCACAGUGCCUUCCCAAAACACAAUCACAGUGCCUCCCAAAACACAAUCGCUGUCUGAGUUGCUCUAACAGACACCAGGGAUCAGAAGAGAAGAAGGCGAGACUUACUGAUGAGUCACUGAGUUUUACACAAUAAAGAAGAAGACUCUUUGUUACUUAACUCAUCUAUUUUCUACUGGUGGUUGACAUCAUCCAAAGACGACUGGGACACGAGGUGGAAGAAUAAUUCACAAUAAGGAACAGAGAUCGGUGCUCGGCGAUGCCUCAGCCCAGCAUCAGUGGAAUGGAUCUUCCCUUUGGGGAUUUCUUUCAAAAUUAUACUUUUGCUGACCAGGCACUAACCAGCACGGACCUGUUGGCGAGUAACACAGACCCAGACUUCAUGUACGAACUGGACAGAGAUAUGACUAAUCGCCAAAGCCCUAAAGGUGAUCACUUCACAGUGGGGGACUGCAAGGAGAUGAUGGAGUGUGGCGAGUACCUCUUGGAGCUGGUGGACAGCGACCCGGACUACAGCUCUAACUUUGAGCAGUGGGAUACGUACUGGGAGGACCUGACCAAGUACACCCGCUUUACCAGCUGUGACAUCUGGGGCACCAAGGAGGUAGGUCUGGAUGACUUCUCUAGCCCCUACCAGGAUGAGGAGGUGAUUGGCCGGACCCCCACCCUGGCCCAGCUUAACAGUGAGGACUCGCAACCACCUGCGAGUGACACGCUUUACCACCCUGAUCUGCUGAUGGGUGGCCAGAAGCAGCACACCUCCCUCCCCCCACUCUCCCUGGGCAAGAAGACGGCAGCCUGCCCAGGCCCCUCGUUCUCCGCCUCCUGCUCCAACCUGGUCAGGGACCCCCUGGGCGACUUUGCAGAGGGUUCCCAGAGCGCCACUUGGCCUGUCCCCUCCAGCACAGAGACUAUGUCCAAGGCCCAGGGGCCCAGCAAGAUGGCUGCUCUGGGCCACCACUGCAACGACUACGUGCGCAAGGCCAAGGUUCGCGUCAGCAUGCCUCGCCGGCCCCUAGUUGACAUGCCCAUGGCCACCCAUCAGAUUGAGGCUGAAGACAACUCCCUGUACCGCAGCAAGCCCCCUGAUGUGGCCACCACGUCUGGUUGUGCUGCCCCUGUGGCUGCUCCUGCUACUGCAGCCUCUGCCUCUGCCAGCACCCUGGCCUAUGAGAAGAGAGUAGAGCUGCCUCGCCGGGAGAUGCCCCCUGCCUCAGUGGGCACGUCUGGAGCUGUGCCCCCCAUCCUCCACUACCCUGUGGCUGGGGCCAAGGCCAGCGAGACCCUGCUGACUGCCAGUGGGAGUGCCCUGGGACCUGACCCAGUCUCUGACAAGAAGAAGGAAGAGGAGCACAACUACUCCCUGUUCCUAACCCGAGCCAGGCUGGCUGGGAAAACCCUCACUGAGAUGGAGGAAGAGGAGGAGGAGGAAGAUGAGGAAGAGGAGGAAGAAGAAGAGGAGGUGGGAGAGAUGGAGGAUGAAGAAGAUGCUGAGGGGGUGGAGCUGGAUGAAGAUCAUGAUGAGGGUUUCGGCAGCGAGCAUGAGUUCUCUGAGAACGAUGAUGAUGAUGAGGAGGAUGAUGAUUAUGAGGGGGAUAAAGAUGACGACAUGAGUGACACCUUCUCCGAGCCAGGGAGCCAUAUAUCAGGAUGUGACAAUGACGCGGUGGAGGACGUGAAGGGGCUGACGGCAGGGAUCUCCAGGAAGAGGGGCAAACGCCGCUACUUCUGGGAGUACAGCGAGCAGCUCACCUCCUCCAAGCAGGAACGCAUGCUCAAGCCCUCCGAGUGGGACCGACAGACCCUGCCCAGCAACCUGUACCAGAGGAACGGCCCACACCACGGGAAGUACAAUCUGAAGAAGUCUCGGCGGACAGACGUGGAGGACCUAACCCCUAACCCUCGGAAGCUGCUGCAGAUCGGUAACGAGCUGCGCAAGCUCAACAAGGUGAUCAGUGACCUGACCCCGGUCAGCGAGCUGCCCAUCACAGCCCGCCCUCGCUCCCGCAAGGAGAAGAACAAACUGGCCUCCAGGGCCUGUCGACUGAAGAAGAAGGCUCAGUAUGAGGCCAAUAAAGUCAAGCUGUGGGGUCUGGGCACAGAAUAUGAUCGGCUUCUGUUUGUCAUCAACACCAUAAAGGAAGAGAUAGUGAACAGAGUGCAGGACCUCUGCGAUGACAAGGGAACAAGCAUGACUGAAACGCUGGACAAACUCAUCGAAGAAACCCUUGUGAAGUCACCAGUUGCCGGGGAGACUUCUGACUUUGUGAACCAGAUCCUGGAGAACACUGGCAAGGGGGAUCCCACCGGAGGUCUGGUCGGGCUGCGCGUACCCACAUCUAGAGUGUAGACAGGCCCUGUAGAGAGGUCUGGUGAUGGCACACUCAAAGCCAUCCGCGCCAUUCUCGUCCCACACUGUAACGGCACACCCUCUGCAUGCCCAUUCCAUCCGGAAACGCAUUCCCAAUGCUGAGUGGGAAGACAUACAUACCAUGCUUCAAAUGUAUGUAUGUAUGUAUUCACACAAUGCGCAUGUACGGAAAUGAAACUAGUAGCUAUCUCUGCACUUAGUAGUUUGUUACUUGCCAUUUGUGCAUGUGGCUAGUGACCUUCACGGGCCACAGCGUUGCGAAUUCAAAGCCAAUAUAUGAAACAAUACCUCCUGAAAUGUUUUAUGUUGAGAAGUGAAGCAAAACAGAAUGAUCAUCAGUUCUUGCUGUAGCCAUUUCCUGUAGCGUUCAAACAACCCGUUUCAUGCCUGCGUACUAGAGUGGGAACGCCAACACAGGAUGGACUUCUAUUUAGAGUGAGACGACGAGAUGGCAGGAGAUAUUCAAUAUAAAUAUUCACUUGUCAAGCCCAUGUCCUUUAAUCAGCUGCCUUGUUAUUAUGUCACCUUACUGAACUGUGUUCCCAGUGAAGAACAGCCACUGGGUAUUCCAUAGUGUAUACUGUUAGGAACACCUAAUACCUAUUGAUGCCAGUUGUCUGCUUUCCCAUUCUAGUACCACGGUAUUUACAUAGGAGGAGAAAAUGUAACCCUAUACAUGUCAACCUGCAAACCACAUCAUAAGGCAACAAAAACACAGAACCACCUGAAAUACUACUAAUAUUAAGAAAAACAUUGUCUACUUUGACAGAAUUAUGCUAAAAAAAUAGUAGAUGUUUGGGGGAUACACAUUUAGGACAGGAAUGCAGUGAGGAAGGUUUUUUUGCCUGAUUGUUCUGUUCCAUUGUCCUGUGUUUUUGCAGUUGAGAAGAUAUUUCAAAUGGACUUGAGCAGAAGGCCACUAUAUUCCAUGACUAAGAUCCUAAGUCGUCUGACUAUAAGCUAGAUGAUGUGAUUAUAACAAUCAAUUUUCUCUUUUGAUAUACACUUUGGUUGAAGUGUCUUCAAAUGAAAAUGCCAUUGGCUUCUUCAAAAGUAGGGAUGAGAGGGCUAAAAGUUAGAAAUUCCUUAGUUUGGGGUGUUCAUAUUUGUAUUGAAUAAGAGUACUAUUCAUUGUGCCUUGUAUUUAAAGUGAGAUGAUUACAAAAACUCCCAGAGGUUGAAGGAUAGUGGACCAUUUUACAAUGAGGGAGAGCAGAACAUGGUGCAGGGAAGGUCAAGGUGUGAGUUUGUAAUGUAUUUCUGCUCUUAAAAAAUAUUCUGAAUGUACAUAUGAACAUGGAACAUGUAGAUAUAUGCCACAGAGUCUGCAUUGUAUUAUAAGAUGGCUCUGACAAACAUUUACUUUGGUUAUCGGUACUUGGACUUUGGGGCAGGGGAUGGGAAUGGGAGGGUAAAAAAAAAAAGAUUCGUAUAGAAUUUCAAAAUAUUUGCACACUAUAUUUUGAUUGUUUUUUUGUACCAAAGACACAUGACAAUGACACACGCAACAAAAACGGUGACUAGCCAGAUAAAGUAAGGUUUUGCACAGCUUACCUGACACCGUAUUGAAUGUAGGAAAUGUGGUAGGGUCAGGGAUUUUCAUUGAACUGUGAAAUUAGCUUGGGUCCAAUUAUGUACUGAAAGAAGCAUUCAUUACCAUUUUCUAAAAGGCUCUUGCUCUGUCCGUUGGCUUCUCAAGUAGUUCAGUUGCUUUGGAUACAUUUGAUAGAUUCCUGAAGUUAAUACUCCCACCUCUUUCUAUUGUGCUUAGGCACAAAGUAGAAAAGGGAAGGAGCGCAAUUGGAUAAUACGCUUUUAUUUUGUCUGUUUGUCAAAACGUCAAUCACAAAUAACCAAAAGGUAUAUCACUUGUAUAGUUUAUGUAGGUGAGACAGAUACACAUACAUCAAUGACAUAUUAUGUGAUUUAUGUUGUGUAUUUAUAGUACUGUCCAUUCAUGCAUACAGUACACAUAUGUCUAUCUAUUGUGAAUUGGCACUUUUUCAAAUUGAUACGUUAAAAAGCAUGACAUUUCUAAGGUCUAUCCUCACAUUCAGAGCAACUUUGGGGGGGGCGGAAUGAAAAAAACAACAUAUUUUUGUACUAUUUGCCUUGACCUUUUUCUGUUGGUGCGCAAGUAUUUCAUUUGAGAGAUAUUCAAAGAUAUUAAUUUCUGGAGGGUGACUGCAUGAGAUAAGGAGGGGUUCCUCUGUUUUCUGUGAAGAGGGUAUAGUUUUUUUAGUGGUUCUGAAAGUAAGGGAUUGAAUAUCAUGGAUAUCAUUCUGGUUUCUUUGUGCCCUCAGCCUCAGUUCUUGACACAAAGCUGCUCUGUUGCACUGUCAUGAGGAAGAUUGGUAGAAAAUGUAUGGAUGAUGAUUCUCAAUUGAGUACUUGCAAUUGUAGUCUUAACCUGUUCCAAUCUCAGCCCAGACGAAAUGAGACGAGCAGCUUUUAGAGAGAGAGAAUGCUCUUAGCUAAAGCAUCUCUUUGUUGCUGCAACUUGUCAAUCUUGUCAAUUUGAAAGACACGGUUUUCUAAUUCCAAGAGAAUAUGGUGACUUAAGGCUGAAUUUAAUCAAACCGGCACAGCUGCAAACCCUCAAUGCGGAACAGUAAAACAUUGUCCCUAUGCUGAAAAAAAGGCAUGUUUUAAUUGAAAAUGUUUUAUUUUAUCCAGUGAGCAUCUUCUUAUUUCAGUACUUACAAUAUCUGAACAUACCUUUUGUUUGCUGUAGAGGGACAAUGUUAUUGUUCUGCAAAGCAGGUUUCCCCGCACUGCAUGCCAUAGACUGAUUUACUCAUGUGUUUUUGAUUGAAUUAAAAAGGGAGAAAAUAUACUUUCUCUGAAACUAGAAUGAUACUUUAUGUUUAUAAUAAGAUAUAUUAUUCUACUUACUUGGUUAGUGUAGUCAAGAUUCUCUAUAUACCGUCCAUGGUUUGUUUUUGUAGUGUUUCAUUUUGUAAAUAGAUUAAGCUGAAAUGUAUCUUCUAAAUGUUAUAUUUGUAUAGUAUAUUCUAUAUUAUGUGUAUGGAAAAAGAAAGCACUUUGUUAAAAAAAAAGGAAAAAACUAACAAAAAGUAAAUAUUUUUUCCUUCCAUUUGCUGCUAAACCGACCUUGUUUGAAUGCUGCAGUGAGUGCUUGACUUCUGUAACCUGAUCAGGACAGUGUGUUGGGGAGGUCUUAAGAGGGUGAUCAACCUUUUGAUUACAAGGCCCCUAUGUUUUGAAUGACUCUGAGUCUAAUGUCAUGAAUUAAUUUGCCUUCAGUAGAGAUUUCCUAUGGAAAAACAAAUUCUGCUUUGGGUUUUUCUUCAGGUUGAUGUACAGUGUAGACACAUUUCUUCUGGGCAUUUGCCAGAGUUAUAUUGUUAUAAUUUUUUUAGUAAUUUGUACUUGUAACUUAAUGGGAAGGGGGAGACUGAGGUAAUCACAAAGGCCCAUGUCCUUUUGUGAGUGCCUCAGAAGGAAAACUAUAUCACUGUACUGUAUGGCAAGUCAUUUGCGGUGGAGAUUUAAUCCGGAUACUUUUUGCCUUUUCAAACACCCAUCCAUUCACAUAAGAUGGCCAAUAGUGGGUUCAAUUGCACAGCAGUGUUGCUGUGGCAACCGAUCUCAGCCAAUAUUGUACUGUCUACAACCAAGAUCUUCAACCUGGUGAUAUGCUCAAAUCAACGAUGGCCUCUCCAUUGGGAUCAUUGAUGGCAAGUGAGGUUGUGCUAGGGGAAUUGAUGUUAUGUAAGACGCUAGUAAAACAUCUAUCUAGAAAGAGUGUUGUGAGGAGCUGAUUCCAGCAUCAGGGGUGUUUCCGCGCAGGUUUUCACAUUUAACAUGAUGGGCGCAAGCUGUGCAACUUUACAUUCUAACCAGGAGACUCUGUGGCAUUUUAACAGUCAAGGAAGUGGUUGUCAUUCAAAGCCAGUAAAUAUUCCUUCUGCUCUAUUGACAUCAAACAUAUAAACAGAUAUUAAGCUAAUAGAUUGUGUAAUUAUGUGCUACUCUUGUCUGAUAAUUGAAUCCAUUAUGGUAUUUUCUGCAGCGAAUCAGGGUAACUACCAUUCUUCUAUCAGAAAUAUAUGUAAUGAAAUAUUAAAUCAAAGGAAAAUAUAUUUAUGUAAUCCAACUGUCGCGAUUAUUUCUGCAGUUCAAUAAUAUUGUGUGCGUUAAUGGAGAAUCAAUGUAAAACAAAAUGGUGCGAUACUCUCUACAGGAUAAGAAUAGACAAGGCCAAUGGACUUGUAAGUAGAAAUAUUUUUACUAGAUUUCCUUUUCGUUAUACUCUAACAUAACAUACUUAAACAUACCCCCCCAAAAAAAAAUCAAAAGGGAAAUUAUUUUGCUUUAUAGUUUUGAUCCAACCUGGGUUUUACCAUGCUGCUGGCCAUGUAUGGUUGGUAAUUCAUAAGUGUUUAUUGUAUGAAAAAUAUUAUAGUUUAUGAUACAUUACAUAGACCUUUAUUUUCUAACAAAUGAUCACAUUUGAGUCAACCUUCUGCUAUAGUCUAUAGACGUCUAAUGACAGCCAACACAGUUGGAGCACAAUGCGAAAGUGACCGUACUCGAUUUAUUCCAAAUGGCUACAGUAGACUAGAGAGGAGGAGGCAGGUGUGUUUUGCCCCCUUUUUUCAAUUCCUGAUAUGAUUUUGGCUUGCUUUGUAUGUGGUGGUUUGUAGUGUGUGAUGACAAUGUUCUAAAUGGUGCACUAUGCAGGUCUUACUCGUGUGAGUAAGACGGUGUUUCUUUAGUUUUCAGCUGUCUCGUGUCUGAGCAGAGCAUUUUAAUUUACGUUAUACAAAGAAAUGUACUAUCUCCAUAACCCUAUGGAGUUGUUCCUAGUGGUGAUGGGCAGGUGGGGAUUGAGUGGAGGUAUUUCCUCUGAAAUGGAGGAGCAAUGUAACGGAGAAAGGCCUGUCCUGUCGAACACUGCUAGAUUGACAUGUUUUUCUUCUUUUUUUUUUACUGUCAUUUUAAAGGACCUGUAAAAUGCAUAUACCUUUUCACCUACACCCAUAGUGUCUAUAGAAACUGAAAUACUUUCAUAGCAAAUUUUCAUGGGCUGUAUUUUAACAUUGCUUCAAUGCUUAAGUAUUGCAGAAGCAUUUCGAAAGCAUUAUUUCAUGUCAUGACUUGCUCAACUUCCCAUGUUGCUUGUAGAAGUCCUCAUACUCAAAGGUUCUAUGCUCUAAAUGUAGUAUAUCCAUUUUUAUGUAAUAUAUUGUUUGAUAAAUACAUGCAGCAAAUAUUCAUAGGGAAUGAACAUUGUGCAUGAAAAUCUCACUCAUCUAUUAUAUUUGUAAAACAUUUACUAGCAAUGGGUGCAUCUUCACCCUGAGUCCAAGGAUUUUGUAAGUCUCAAGGACUAUAUUCAAGAUAUUUGAACAUAAAAGAAUGAGCGCCAAGAGAUUUGUUUUGGAUGUUGAUCAAUAUAUUCAGACCAAACUAUUUUCCAUUGCUUACCCACUGUUAUGAGAACAAAUAGUACAAACGGAAGCAUACCCACAUUGCACUUGGUUUUACAAAAUGUCAAACAUUAUUUUUAAUACAAUGCCUGCUAAACCAGGUGCCUUACAAAAAAAAAUGAAUCCAAACUUGAUCUACACCGUUCAAAGUCUUUAAGUUUUGUAUGGAUACAAGAUUUACUAUCUUUAUGCCCACUAUGCUAAGAAUUCUGACAUUUUACUCUGUCUGGUGUUUUAACAGUGUAGAGUGGUGAUCUCAUGUACAUAUGAAAAUUGUUGCUGCUUUGCCUCAGACAGGUUUCUUAUAAAUUGAAUGUAUUCUUCCUUCAAAGGAUUCAAUUCAAUAUAAGGAUGUGUUCAUACUCAAAGAUGUCCUAGUGUAACAUUGGGUGAGAGAGACUAUCCAAAGAGUGCUGCAAUCAUGAGUCCGAGGAUCUUUGUAUGGUUAAUGUCCUUAUUUCUGUGAACCUUUUUAUUUCUUUUGUAUUUAUGCUCUAAAUCUGUAAGUUGUUGCACAUGUUUGAAUUUGUAGAUAUUUUUUGGGGGUGCCUUUUGUACUUAGUCCUCACCUACUUGCCAUACCAUUUAUUUUAUUAUUGUUACUUUGAACCUAAAGAAAUGACUUUACCUAAAGCAAAGUGGCGCCACCACACAGUUCCCUUUAUAUGACCUAAGAUUGAAGGGAGCACUAAUUUGGAGAGUGAGUUUUCAAGAAGCAAUGCAAACAGCUGAUAGGAGUCGCCACUCACCAGCCAUGGUGCUGAAUCUCAAAGACGUGCUUGGGCUCACUCGAGCUGCCACUCGACUCCUGUUGCCAUGUUUGCACACUGCUUGUGUGCGUUGCAACUCUUUACCAGUUCCCAGAUAACUUCUUUGGACAGUGACUGACUGCUUUAAGACCUGCACUAGCCACUGAGGUGUCGGUGCCAAUAAGGCCUUGUCCUCAGUAAUGGUCACCGACGACCAUGUUUGAAUUUGAUUGAAGUAGAUUGUUCGGGAGUGGUGCUUUAAUGUAGCUUUGAUAGGAUUAUUUUUACUUCAGGAAAGGCAGAGAGAUCAGUUAGGGUCGCUAGGGGUGGUGGGCAGAGAUCUCUCAUCCCUGAACUGAAGUGUUGAGGUAUGUACUCCUGCAUGUUACACAUGCAGGCCAAUUCAAUAAUUACCAAUGACGUUGAGAAAACGCAUAUAACCCUCUUUCCAAGCACCAUAAACACAUCAUAUUCACACUGCAAUGAUAUACAUUUCCUUCCAAACUUGCCAAAUGCAUGGAGUGAGAGGGAAAUGAAACUAACAUUAUUUGUGGUUUUAGUAAGAUUAACUACAAAUUAUGUUUGAAAAUCCACACAACUCCCAAUGAGUUCAAUUAAAAACCCAUUCUAAAAACUACACAAUUCAUGCCCUUGAUGUAAUGCUUCUGAUGUUGUAUGGUAUUUAAAUGGAUAAUUUAGCAUGUAGUAUUAGUGUGUGUACUCCCCAAGUGUAGAACAUUUGUCAAAGUAGGAAGGCUGUAUUUCAUUGCUAAGUUCUCUGUAAUAGAUCUCUUGGUAAUAUUCAUAAGAAAAUCUGCAGAAGUAUAUCUUGCUGAAACUAACAGUAACUUGAUCCUAUUAGCAGCAAUGUCUAUUUGUAGUUCAAAUGCCUGUUCAAAUACAAUAUCUUGACAGUUGUUAUAUUUGUGUUUAAAUGUUGUGCUGGGUUUAUACUUUUGUCAUUCUCUCUUUCUCUUAUUUUUGUUUCAGUUUUUUGGAGGCACAAUUAGUUGAACUGCUAUGGAUAAUGAGCCUUGUAAAUGUACAGAUGUGAUGUAGGCUCGGUUCAGUUGUGAUUGAUUGGGAAAUGUGUCUGUGUAAUUGUGCCUCUGUUUUUCUUUUUUUUUUUAAAUCCUUUUUCUCACAGCAUUGUAUCAGCUUGGAGUUGGUACCACAGUUUUGCGGUUUUGGCUAGAUGGAGUACAGCUACGGCCAGAAGUGACAUUACGUAGCAGUUUUGGAGAAUGAUGGUAAGGUAAGGGUUAGCUAAAAUGCUACAGUUGUCCCCGACGCGACUCGAACAUGCCACUUUUGGGCCGUAGCUGUACUCAAUCUAGCCACAACCCAGUUUUGCUUGUGACCAUGAGUCUAAUUCAAUUAUUGAUUUUAAUAUCAAAAUAAUAAAAAAACAGAAACCACA